AACAUUAUAACAGAUAAUGACGAUAUGGAGAACGGGAUAUCCAACAUAAAACAGGUUUUGAUUGGAAAUGGUUAUCCUGAAAAGCUACUUGAUAAUAUUAUCAAUAGAAAGGAGCAUAAGGGAAAACCAAAAAUUGAAAAAUCCUGGCUAUCCACGAUAGCCAUCCCAUACCGAAAGGACACAGCUGAACAACUUCAAAGAUUAUUUGCUUCAUAUAAUAUUAAAGUCUAUGUCAAACCUUCUAACUCUCUAGAGAAGGCGUUAGUACAUGUCAAGGAUAUAGUUCCCAGAAUGGCACAAAGUAAUUGUGUCUACAAGAUAAAGUGUUCCGAAUGUGAUGCAUGCUAUAUAGGGGAGAGCAGUAGGCAGAUGAAGGUCAGAGUGAAUGAACAUAGACUAUGCACGAAACGUCCACCUAGAAAUGAAGUGGAACUAAAAAGUCUGGAAAAAAGAUCGGCUAUAGCAAUGCAUGCUAUAGAAAGCGGACAUAAGAUUGAUUUCGACAAUGUCGAAAUUCUUGGAAGAGGAUUUCAUUCACAUAAAGAAAGAUUGACUUCUGAAGCCUUGCACAUCUUAACCACAUCGAAUGCAGUGAAUAGGAAGGAUGGGAUAGACUUAUCACCUAUAUGGCAAACUCUUAUGAAGCAAGACAAAUGAAAAAAUCAAUCAGCACUCUAUGAGCCUCCAUGACCUUUUAAAACAUGUUUAUCAAAUAUGAAUUCACGUAUUUUCCAUAUGACAAAUAACAUACAUACACACACACACUCAUACAAAACUAAUCUAUACAAAUUAACCAUACAAGAAUGAACACAACAUCAACUUGACAUUAGUCAUUACAAAAUAUGUGAUGACUGCUUACAUAUUUUCUAUUGGUAAAAAUGUCCAUAGACAAAUGACCUUCAGACAAACUGACUGUAAUGUAUGUAAAAAAUUUUUGACUAUAUAUUUUGAUGAUUAUUAAAAUCCGAAUAAAUCUGCUGAAGAAGCUGUGGCUUACACAGCGAAACGUUCAGAAAAAUCUUGUUUUGAUUUUCUUAACACGCUGGGAUUAAUUUAAAUAAUUUAUAAUGAAUCAAUCUGACUCGGCGCUCAAAUUAUUUCAGGAAGUUCGUAACACCUACGGCCUGG